GGUGAGUAUAAAGUCUCUUCCCUGGUGUAUGUUAGCUGAUUGAUACUGGAGUACUUUACAGUAGGUUUUCAAAUAGAAAUCCUCAGUCAACAUCAUUUAUAAUGACGUAUGGAUGGAAAACAUCCUUUAUUGCCCUGACCAUGGGAUUUUCGACACAUUUGUAUAAUGUGGACUUUAAAAGAUGUAUUGUUUUCGUAGCCCAAUUUAGAAGUCACAUCUCUCCUGUUAUGGCCAUUACAAAAGAAUUAGAAAAGUACAAUCACUCAGCAACAUUUGUGCUUUCAACAACAAUGGACAAAGAAAUACGAACCAAGGGAUUAUCGAUUAAGUCUGUAGUAGCAAACAGUCUUGAUAAAGCGUCUUUUUUUGACGACAUACAAGCUAUAUUGGAAAUGAAAAUGAAUGGUUCUUUAAAUUUUCCCUUACUUGACUUACAAUUAUUUCGAAAUGCAUAUGAUCACUGUCAUUCGUUUUCGACCGAUGAUGAACUCUUCGGAAUCUUAGAAGCUGCGAAGUUUGACUAUGCCAUCGUUGAUUUUGGUCCUUUUCUUUGCUACGAAAUUUUAGCAUACAAACUUUCAUUACCCUUCAUUUUUGUUUCUGCAAUCUAUGAUCAAGAUCUCCACCGAACGCCAUUUAAUCCUGCCUGUAUGCCGGCAUUCUUGUCAGGAUUUACAGACAAAAUGACCUUCUGGGAACGAAUGAUUAAUACCUUAGUGUAUACUCAUCAACUUAUCAAACCCACAAUGCCUUCGUUUGGAAAUCUUGUAACUAAAUAUGUUCCGGAAAAGCCUUUUAUGUCAAACAGCGAAUUAAAACAAAAUUUUUUGCUACACAUAAUUAACGGGGAUAUUUUAAUGGAUUACCCAAUUCCCAUAGCCUCGAAUGCCAUUUUAUGUGGCGGAUUAGCAACAGGGCCAGCUAAAUCUUUGAUAUCUAGGAUAGAGUCAUUUGUUGAGAAGUCUAAAGAUGGCUUAGUAAUUGUGUCCUUUGGUAGCAUAAUUAAAACAUACCCUGAAGAAAUAAUGAAUAAAUUAAUUUCAGCCUUUCAAAAGCUGAAGGAUUUAAAUUUUAUAUUUCGCAGUGGAGAUUAUGAAAAAGAAGAUGGAAACAUUUUACUAUUGCCAUGGUUACCACAGAAUGAUCUGCUUGGGCAUGUAAAAACGAAACUAUUUAUCACUCAUUGUGGGAAAAGCAGCGUCUUUGAAGCUCUCUAUCAUGGCGUACCUAUGAUUACAUUUCCAAUUGCUCUUGAUCAAAACUCAAAUGCUGCUGUUAUAAAUGAGAAGGGUUAUGGAAUUGCAAUGGAUAUUUUAGAAUUUUCUGUGAACGAAUUAGUUGAAAACGUAAAAAAAGUCGUGCAUAACAGCACUUUCACUUUCAGCAUUAAAAAUGCAUCUGCGAUAUUCCACAGUCGUCCACAAACCCCAACACAAAGAGCAGCUUAUUGGAUAGACUUGGUGACUAAGUAUGGAUCAGAACAUUUCAGACCAGCCUCGCUAGAUAUGCCAUGGUAUUCAUAUUUUAUGGUAGACGUUUAUCUAGUUUACCUUGUGGGACUAGUUUUUGUCGUGUAUUCUUUUAAGUUAUUUCUUAAGAAUUGUAUUAAACUAUGCUGUAGGAAAAAGAAUGUAAAACAAAAACUGCAAUGAACCCUCGCGUGUUAUGCAAAUUGAAUUUUUACAAACGAAAUCUUAAUGUGUUACCAAGAGACAAUUUUCACUUAGUUUGCUUCAUAAUGGAUGAUACUAGAAUACUAAUACUGAUACAUGGAUAUCGACACGAUUAAAACAUUAAUUUGAUCAAUUAACUAUAAAGUAUAAACGUUAAA